GGGUUGCCUAGAGGGCGGAAGUCGUUUCUUCUGAUUGGCAACAUUGUUGGAGCAAUUCCAGCCAAAUUUCGGUUGAGGGUUUCCCAGGAAGGCAUCAGUUCUCUGGCAGAACAGAAUUCUUCUCCGCUCUCCUCUCUACAUUAGAACGGAUAUAUUAGACCACUUCUACUUCACGUAAAGAAGAUGGCCGCUACAUUCUCCUACGCCCAAGCAGCUAAGGGCAUUGCCCCGGCGCAGUCGCCAGUCAAGGCAGAACUGACCAACGAGUCUUCGAACACCGAAGAGCAGACCGCCGACUCCACUUCUCAGGCAAACACAGAUAUCGUCUCUUCCAAGGUCGAGACGGCUCAGGAGCCCGAGGUGACCGAGGCCGCCGACAAGGAAGUCGAUCACACGGCCAACCGCAAAACGAGCGUUUCCGGAACAGCUUCUCCCAGCGAUGGCAGCUCGUCUACGUCUACCGUCCCCAAGGAUGAGGAGGAAUUAAAUACGCCCAACGGUACCUCGGAAUCGACCUGGGAUAAGCAGUCACAGGUCUCCGGAACCGAGAAGGUGACCAGCGCAGAGGGUGCUAAGGAUAAGACCACUGAGAAAGAAAAGAGUGUACCGGCUAAGGAGCUGAAAGUCGCCCCUCUUCCGACAGUGAACAUCUGGCACCAGAGGAAGGAGGCACAGGAGGCCAAGGCGAAGGCCAUCGCAGCGCUGAAGCCCAGUGCCAACGCCGGAACUUCCAAGACUACGUCCGCCGCUUCCUCGAUAUCCGGUGAUCACCAGCCAGAGCCCUCGAAGCCCGCUUCCAAGAAGAAGGGUUCUGACGUCUCGGAAGGCCCCAAGGAGCGCAAGAAGGCCGAUGGAGGCAAGGGACGUGAGGACAGUGCCAGCAUUCCUCCGGUAGGCGAUGCCAGCAUGUGGCCCACCCCCCAGGUUGCCAAGGGUGAGGAGAAGAAGAAGGUCCAGGACAAGACCGAAAAGGCUGACAAGAGCCCUGUCAUCCGGCCUCAUGGCAAGGAGAAGUGGACUCCCGUUCCCUACGUACCGACUGCCGUUUUCAACACCCCUCUCCCUACCGCUCGUAGAGGCGGAAGAACUGCUCGUGGUGGAAGGGAAAACACUCGCAACGGGACUCAUGGCAGUGGAGCCGAUAAAAUGGCCCAGGCUUCGACGGGUAAGCAGGCCGCUUCUGCCGACAGAGGACGGAACGACCAGAACUCCGGUCGCGCAAACUCGCUCCCUGCACAGACGAGACGUUCCAACAGCGCUGAUGCCGGAUUGCCCGACGGUCGUAAGCACCAGGCAGCGGACCGUGGCCGUGGGUCUAAAGCGGAUAAUGCGAAUGCCGGGAAAAACGUGAACGGUGCCGAGACCUUCCCUCGCCACCACCGCGAUGCUAAGCAGUUUGCCAAGGGCCAUGAUGCAGGUCACAAGGCCGGCGAGCAUGGCUCUCGGAACCCCCAGAUGUCCGUGGAUGCCCAGUCCGCUCCCCGGUCUGGCCCUACACAGGACCGCCGCUUCGAGAAUGGCCCCAAGUCGGCGGAUUUUGCCGGUUUCCACGACCGCAAGGAGAAGGACUUCCCUCGCGAGUCGCGUGCUGACCGAGGCCGGGGCUCUCACCGCGGAGGCCGUGGAGGCUUCAGCGGUUCUCAGAACUCCCACUUCCCCAACAACCACGUUUCUCACCACAACUUUACCAACCCCAAGGCCUACGGCUUCAAUGAACGGCAGCGGUCGCAACACGGUGCGGUCAAUGGCUCGCAAGGACACAGAAUGAACAUCAGGUCACCUUCUUUGCCGAACUCGGCUGCCAUGUAUGGGGCCUAUCCUUUCCCCGGUGACAUCAACACGAUGUAUGCCUAUCAGCCAAUGCACGCUGGGCCGAUGACCGCCUAUCCCUACCCCCAGUACGUGGAGCCGUUCUCUCUUAUGAACAUGAUUUCCAUGCAGCUGGAGUACUAUUUCUCUGUCGACAAUCUGUGCAAGGACAUGUUCCUCCGCAAACACAUGGAUUCUCAGGGCUUUGUCGGACUGGCUUUCAUCGCUAGCUUCAAGAGAAUCAAGACCCUGACCGAAGAUAUCGAGCUCCUGCGUCAUGUUUCCCGUCACUUGAGGACCGUUGAGUACUUCGCAAGCGAAGAUGGUCUUGAUCGGUUGCGUCCCAAGGAGCACUGGGGACAGUGGGUUUUGCCUCUGGAGCAGCGUGAUCAAACCGCCCAGAACGAGGGUCCCUCCCUUGCCAGCCACACUGCUCAGCCCGAGGAGACUUUUGUGUCGCAGGUUCAGGUUGAUGGAGUGGCAAAUGGACAGCUCUCGAACGGCACGGCCGAAUCCCACGGUCCCAAGACCUCACUAUCGUCUGCAGCACCAGAAUUUUCGCCUUCUAACAAUCUGAGUGCUCAGACUGAAGUUUCAAAUGUGGACUAGCUGAAUUCAGCAUUUGCCUCUCCCAACCUGGCAUCCCGGCAACCAAUCUAUCAGCCAGGUCAUCGACAUACGAAAUUUCAUGCCAUGCGCAGGCCUUUCAUUAGACUGCGAAGGCUGAUCCGCCGGUAUUCCG